AUGAGCAACGCAGGGAUUAACAUCAACAUCUCCGAUCUCGGCGAUGGUCUUAACGAGGAAGCUCGAGCCGGUGGCAUCGACGAUCUAACGGAUGAAAUUCAGAGUCUUGCUAUGGAUUACACUGAUGAGUUGGAGACCUUUUCUCCGAAUGUCAGGAAGCGUGUGGAGGUUCUCAAAGAGAUCCAGGUCCAACAUGAUGAAUUGGAGGCUAAAUUUUUCGAGGAAAUGGCAGCACUUGAAGCUAAAUAUCAGGAACUAUAUAAACCCUUCUAUGCCAAGCGAUAUGGUAUUGUGAAUGGCGUUGGUGAAGCUGACAGAACUACAAACGAUGUAGACAUGGACCAAAAAGAGGAUAAUGCAAUUAUGUAUUAUGUAGAGAAAGGGGUGCCUUAUUUUUGGCUUAUUGCCAUGAAAAACAGUGAAGAGCUUUCAGAGAAGAUCACUGAGCAUGAUGCUGGAGUUCUCAAGUAUCUUGAGGAUAUUAAGUGGCAUAGGAUCCAUGAACCAAAAGGAUUCAAGCUUGAGUUUUACUUUCACACCAAUCCAUAUUUCAAGAAUACUUUGUUGACAAAGACUUUUCAUGUGAUCGAAGAAGGUGAUCCUGUUCUUGAUAAAGCUAUAGGGACGGAAAUUGAAUGGUAUCCAGGAAAAUGUUUGAUCCUUGAAAAGAAGCCUGAGAAUGGAUCAAUGGAUGCCAAUCCAACUUCUAAAACAGAAGAUUCUCAAAGUUUCUUCAAGUUCUUUUACCCUCCUGAAGUUCCUGAUGAUGUUGAUGACAUUGAUAAAGAUACUGCUGAAGAGCUUCACAAUUUAAUGGAACAGGACUAUGACAUGGGAGUAAUAAUUCGAGACAAGAUUAUUCCGCGUGCAGUGUCAUGGUUUACAGGAGAAGCUGUUUAUGGAGAAUAUUUUUAUAUAGAUGAUGAUGAUGAUGAUUGCAGUGAUUAUGAUGACGACGAUGACUCUUCUUCCGAGGAAGAGGAUGAAGAAGCACGUAGGUGCAUAAAGAAGGUAUAUGAUACUUGA